CCAAAAAUACCAAAAAUUAAUUUCUUAAAUUUUUUCUUUUCUUCCUUCUUCUUCAUCUUCUUCUCUCUGCAAUGUCACAGUAACCCUUAUUUCUCGGAACAUAUUUCCGUUAACUCACGCCGUUAAUAUCACUCACCUCCGUUUCUGUACAUUCAAAAUCCUCCUUCUUCUGAUGUAAAUUUCUGUGCAUUCGUACUGGACAAGAUUUGAACUCCGUGUUAUUAAUUUAGUGAUUUUUCGUAGCUGAAUUGAGCUCAGUUUUUUAAUUAAUUAUAUUUUUAUAUAUAUAAAUCUUGGAUCCCUAAAUUCGUCGAAAUUUAAUUUCAGAUUUCAGCUAUUGCAAGGUAGUUCUCUUUCAAAUAAAAUCUGCCUCAUUCUAUGACUGAAAUAGAUGGCUAUGCGUUUUUGUUUUUUGCUUUUGUGAAAUACGUAAACAUAGUAAAAGCCAGGAGUAUCUGAGCUGAAGAGAUGCCAUCAGCUUCUUGUCAGCUGGAAUGAAGACCUUGCAGAGCACCCAGGAAAUACAGUCCUCGACCCAAGUUUCACAGGAUUCCCAAAUUGACCAACAGAACAAUCACACAGCAGAAGCUCCUGGAGCUGAUUCUGGUUCCGUUUCUGCUUCUAGCAAUGAUAACCGGAAAGUUUCACGCCAAGAUAUUGAACUUGUUCAGAAUCUAAUCGAACGGUGCUUGCAGUUGUACAUGAAUAGAGAUGAGGUGGUCAAAACCCUCUUGACACGUGCAAGGAUAGACCCUGGAUUCACAACAUUGGUAUGGCAGAAAUUGGAAGAAGAAAAUGCUGAUUUCUUCAGGGCCUAUUACAUUAGGCUGAAAUUGAAGAAGCAAAUUCUCUUAUUUAAUCACUUGCUCGAGCAUCAAUAUCAUCUAAUGAAGUUUCCUGCACCUCCCAAGGUUCCUUUGGCCCCUAUACAAAAUGGGAUUCAUCCCAUGUCCGUUAACCAUUUGCCUAUGGGAUAUCCUGUCCUACAACAACCUCCAAUGCCAGUUCCAGGUCAACCUCAUCUUGAUUCGAUGGGCUGCGGAAUAUCAAGCUGCCAUGUUGUUAAUGGAGUCCCUGCACCAGGAAACUUUCAUCCUAUUCGUAUGAAUUCUGGAAAUAAUAUGGUGAUGGAGAACAACACAGCUGAUAUGGCUCCUGUGGUUCCACAUAGCAGUGGCAUGUCAUCCAUAUCUGAGAUGCCUCUGAGUCCUACUUCAGUAGCAUCCAGUGGUCAUUUUCCCUUCUCGACAUCUGACAUGUCAGGCAUGGGAGUGGACACAUCAGCACUUGAUACAGCAUUUACAUCUGAUGUGGCAAGUUCUGUAGGAUUGCAGCUUGGACCAGAUGGUGUGGUUGGAACCUCCAGAUCUUUAGAUCAGAUUCAAUGGAAUUUCAGCCUCUCCGACUUAACUGCAGAUUUAUCAAACUUAGGAGAUUUAGGAGCCUUAGGAAACUAUCCGGGUUCUCCAUUUCAGCCGUCUGAUUCAGAAAUUUUUCUUGAUUCUCCGGAGCACGAUGACAUAGCAGUUGAAGAAUUUUUUGUUGAUUCAGUCCCGGGGCCUCCAUGCUCCCAGUCAGAUGAAGAGAAAGCCUAGGUCAAGGUGGCGGCCCGUCCUUCUUCUCUUUGAAAUUGUUAGGAUAGGCUGAGUUAGAUGAAUAAAAUUAAACAUUUGUCCAUCCAUUUGCUUAGGAACUUUUUGAUAUUUUAUAGAAUCAAAUAUCCGUGAUGCUGUAACGUAAUUUUGAUUUUGUAUUAGCAUCGUAAUAGGAAGCAGUCGUCGGUUGUAGUUGUAGUUUCAUUCCAGCAAUAAAAAAGGUAAAAUGCAAGCUUAGAUUC